AUGUUUUUAUGGUCAGUGUCCUCAAAAGCUGCAGCGCCUGGGGUCAUUUAUCAAUCGAUAAAGCAGAGUAUUCUAACGGUUCAAAUUCGUACCGCUACGAAGAAAACUGCAGGUUCAAAAACACAUAUGAAGGAUUCUGCUGGGCGACGUUUGGGGCCCAAGAAACAAGAUGGUGAGCUAGUAUCAAUUGGUCAAAUAUUGAUGCGACAACGUGGAACAAAAUUUUAUCCCGGUGAGAAUGUAGGUAUAGGCCGGGACCAUACAUUGUUUGCAUUAGAACCAGGGUAUGUGAGGUACUACUUGGAUCCUUUUCAUCCGAAACGCAAGUUCAUUGGUGUUGCUUUACAUCGCAAUAUCAGGUUACCUUUGCCCCACUGGGAACCAAGGGUGAGACGGUUCGGCUAUGUUGAAAUCACCGACAAGUUUGAUUCCGAUCGUGAAGAAGGUCGUAUGAGUCGCAAAGAACACAAGCUGUUUCCGAACAUUGAGUUUGCAUUAAAGAAGAGGCAAGAGGCCAGGUUAGAGAAGAAACAAGAACUUAGUAGUCAAUUGACAAGUUUUGAGGAAUUCUUUUCAGACAGUCAAGAAUUCAUUGAUAUUGCUUCGUCUAGGCUUGUAAAGCUAGACGGGUUCCUUCGUGGUGGAAAAUCAAUCGCCGAAGCUCGGUUCUAUGCCACCUACAAUUUUCGGUACGAUUUACAAUUGCUAUUGAAAAAGAUGAUUAUAACCGAAACUCAGUUUGAUCAAAGGUUAACCCAAUAUCUAACGGUGGCUUCGAAAGUGGAUGAUGUGGUAACUUUCGAUUCUCACUUUCGUCUCUGUAAACAACUAUCCUCUGCGCAAAAGGAAGAGCUUGCGAAGAACAACCUUUCGAAAAUAGAGGAAAUUGUCGGUAACCACACCGUGAUGACUAGAGAUACGCGUUACAAGGUAGAAAAUUUGAUUGACUCCCCUGCAUUUGAUAUUUCCGCGCAAAUACGCUUACGUCGAAAAUACUUGAAGCCGGUGGUCCGUGAAUCCAAAGGUGUAAGCUCAACCAAGGACGCUGUGAUUGUUCGCCGCUGGAAUGAUAAAUCCCGUCGCAUUGAUACUAUUUCAAGAGCAAGGGAUGCGUUCGCACCUUCAUAG